UAAUGCGUCAGGCCAUCGCCAUGCUCCUCCACCCACAGCUGCCGUUCUCUACCCCGGAUGUAGUGAACAGCUGCCUCUUGAUCGAGCAGUGAGGCCCCUCGGUUGAAAGGCUUUCUGGGGACUUGAGACAGUAGAUGAUCUUCUGCGGAGAACAGCAGGGAAACCAUCACCCCUGAGAACUCAACCUGCCGCUUGGGCGCAGGUGAUGCAUCUCUCCCCGCGUUGGGAGCAAGUGCCAAGGAGAAGAUGACUCAACCCCGGCUGACCUCACAUCCUCGACCCCGGCUGAUUAGCAGGGGCAGGUGGUGUGGCCAGCAAUGCCUUGUCUUCCUUAAGGGAAAUGAAUGACGAGGGAGGUGGCGUGGCUCGGCACCGGCAGCCAGGCCCAUAUAUACCAGCAACUCUCGAGCAGCGAGGACGACAAUCCCUGGGUCGCCGCCUGAGCAAAGCAGAACCUGCCGCCGCUCCCAUGGCCCACAGCGCUCUGGCCGUCUGCGCGCUUUGCCUCCUGGCCCUCUCAUCGGCUUGCUACAUCCAGAACUGCCCCAUCGGAGGGAAGCGGUCCGUCCUGGACAUGGACAUCAGAAAGUGCCUGCCUUGUGGACCGAGGAACAAAGGCCACUGCUUUGGCCCCAGCAUCUGCUGCGGCCAAGAACUGGGCUGCUACUUUGGGACCUCAGAGACCUUGAGAUGCCAGGAGGAGAACUACCUGCCCACACCCUGCGAGUCUGGCCGCAAGCCGUGCGGCAACACCGGCGGGACCUGUGCAGCUGAGGGGAUCUGCUGCAGCUACGAGGGAUGCAUGAUGGACUCAUCUUGCGACCAAGCCUCCAUGUUCUCCUAGACGACAUCAGGUGCCAGACCCACCCCUGCGCAAGACCAAGACAGCACUUCCCACGGCAGCUGGGACACCUCCAAAUACAAAUAAACCUGUACUGAAGGGUCCUCUGGCUCACUCGUUCUUUCCCAGCUUUGCAACACACUCAGCUUUGCUUUGCUCUGCAGCCUCCCCAGCUGAGACCAGUGCCUCUGGUCUGGGGAGACUGCUUUGAAGAACAGCACCGAUGAGAAGGACUGACACAGCAUCCACUAGUGGAGGACCAGCCUGGGGUUUAUCCAGAAGCUGAAGGCAGGGCUGGCACAAGUCAUGGACCUGAAAUGGCACCCUAUGAACUGGGAGGAUGUGGGGCCCUGCAGGAGGUAAGAGCAAGGCGCUGGCAGCCAAUGCUCUUCCCAUUAGUUCCCAGGUGCCAAGCAUAGGAUGGAAGGAGGAAAAAAAGGCAGCUCCGAGCAGAGAAAGGGAUGAGUGAGGGACAUGAGGUCACUGCUCUGAACCUGAGCACCUAUUGGCAGCAUCCAUGUCUAAAGGCAAAGGCCUCAAUGUCAGUAGAGGCUGCAAAGGGGUGGGAAAGGGACAGCUGAGGUGACCACGUAAGACCCCUAAUUUGGGGAUCCACCCACAGCCCCCAGUCACUCACACUGCUCCAAACCGUGGGUCACGCUGGGAUCUGGCUAGCUCCUUUCACAGGCAAUUCUGACAUGUGAGGGAAGAGUUCUGCUCCAGGUCAGAACAAACCCACCUGGACCCAGACUCCCACCCACAAGAACUUCACUGAGUUUGACUGUGAUGGCAUCAAGAAGCUUUAGCUUGGUCUUGGCUGGUCCUAGUCAAAAUUAAUCUGAAUAUGACAAUACGCAAAUCAAAUCCAAGUGGAUCAGUCACUGUCACAAUUAAAUGUUUCCAUUUCUUUCCUGCUCAAAAGUUCAUAGGUCCUGUGUCUUCCCAUGAACUGUUUCAGGGCAGAGGGCAGCAAGACCUCACUACAGCCAAAU